GUUUCAGUUUUGUGAGAGUAUAUAUCGCGAACUCGGUAAAAUAUUUUCCUUCACAACGAUUUGCAGUUUAUGAUUUUUUAUUGCUGAAGUUGAUCAAAAUAAUGGUAUCGCAACUUGUUAUCUACUCCUUACAUGUUAGUCCACUGAUUGCUAUUUGGGUUGCUUUACUAUACGACUGGCUGCCAUACACACAUAAUUUUACGAGGAAGUAUUACGGAUUUAUUCUUUAUCUUCCUAUUUACGCCAUUUUUUUACUUGGAAUUUAUGCUACUUGUAACGUGGUGUAUGGUGUUGCAACAUUCAACGAUUGUCCUGAUGCCGAAGAAGAGCUAAAAAAGGAAAUCGAAGAUGCAAAAACGGAUCUGAGGAGGAGGAAUGUGAUUCCAUAAAAGAAUUUGAACGAUUUUAUUGCUGAUGAAGAUAAGCUGAUGUUGAUUGCGUUAGGAGUAAUAUAAUUGUAAGUUAUAUCAGACC